GCAAAGCGUUAUCCAUCCCGUCCGGACGCCGGACACGGCACAACCGCUCGCUCCCUCGUGCGCGACUUCGCCACCGCCGGCGCCGGCAUUAGUUUGCCGCGCGAUGGACACGUGUGGCGCACGCCGCCUGCUCCUCUUCCCCCUCCUCACCCCGAAGCUCCCGCCGGCGCAUCGUGAGCUCAGGCGGUGGCGCAGGGGCCGAGCCUGGCCUGGCAACGCUCUCUGCGCCGCUGAGGCUGGCGGCGGAUGGGGAGGCAUCGUCGAGGACGACCUUUCUGAGCUCCUGCAGAUUCUCCCGAGAGACUUGCGAGAUAAUCUGCAGAAUGAACCUAGAAAGGACCAACUGCUGGAGGUCAUUCUGGAUUUGGGAAGACGGCCAGAGGCACGUUUCCUUGGUGACUCUGGUGGCCAAUAUCUACGGGACAGUGAGAUCUCACAGAAAGAGUUGGAGGAUGCUCAAAAGGCUGUAGGAGAAUUUGGAGGUGACAAUCGUGCAGGAAUUGAAGGUACUUUACAUAGGAUAUCUGCUAUAAGGAGCAGGAAAGGAAUGGUUGUUGGUUUGACCUGUCGAGUUGGCCGAGCUGUUACCGGGCAUGUCGACAUGGUCCAUGAUCUCCUAAAUUACAAAGAAAGUAUUCUAUUUUUGGGAAGGCCUGGUGUAGGCAAGACUACUGUUAUGCGUGAGAUUGCACGUGUUUUAGCAGAUGAAUUUCAGAAAAGAGUGGUAAUUGUGGAUACAAGUAAUGAGAUUGGUGGGGAUGGGGAUGUUCCCCAUGCUGCGAUUGGUGGAGCAAGAAGAAUGCAAGUACCUGAACCAUCAAUGCAGCAUAGGGUGAUGAUUGAAGCAGUUGAAAACCAUAUGCCUGAGGUGGUUAUUGUAGAUGAGAUCGGAACUGAAGCAGAAGCACAAGCUUGUCGAUCAAUUGCAGAAAGGGGUGUUAUGCUUAUUGGCACUGCCCAUGGAGAACGACUUGCAAACAUCAUUAAGAACCCAACCUUAUCUGACUUGAUUGGAGGUGUAGAAACUGUUACUCUUGGAGACGAUGAGGCUCGUGCUCGACGAAGUCAGAAAAGUAUUCUGGAGAGGAAAGCUCCUCCAACAUUCCCUUUCCUUAUCGAGAUGAGGGAGCGACAUUACUGGGUAACACAUCGGACAGAAAGGAGCGUGGAUAUGUUACUGCAUGGCAAGAAGCCGCUGGUUGAGGUCAGGAAAAGGGAUAAUGAGUUUCAGGUUGUAAUUGAAAGAUGGGCAACGUAUGAUGGCGAUGGACUCUGAACAUGAAACCCGCUCAUCAUAAUUGCUUCUAUCAAAGCUCAUACUGUGGUACUUGACGUUUCUGUGGACAAGUGUUAUCUAUACUGCCAAGCCUGUUGUUCUGAGGUGGUACCAUACGUACACACUGAUCCUAAUCCAAAAAGUUUACAAUGUUGUUACCUGGUGAAGUUACUGACGCUGCCCAUUUUGGAAAGUCUGUUUCUGACUUGCAUGGAACCUUACUACAGUGGAUUGCAUGGGUGAACAUUGGACUGACAACUAUCCCAAACUUUGCGCCUGUUCUUUCACUGAAGGCAGCCCAUGAAGCAAUUUUGACAUUUAGUUAUCUUAAGAUAAUGCAGAUAACUUCACACUAAUUGGAUAUAAGGUCCUGCUUAUUUCUGUAUCAGGUACUUUUUAGCGCUCGAAAGUUGAUGUAUCAAUUUGAAUGUAUAUGUUUUUCCUCUAAGAGAAGGAACCUAAUGUAUGUCAUUUCUUCUAAAUUGUAUGAAAUGUGUGCAUAUAGAUAUCCUUAUUGUUCGUAAUA